AAGAGAAGUACUCAGUGGUAUGCCAAAUCCGCAAUAACCGUGAUAUAUUUUACCAAAUGCACACUCUAAUUAGCAGCCAAUGAGAACCGCCCCCUCAAUCACGAUGAUCAGAUUAGAUCACCAGAUAACCUUUCUUUCCCAUUCUUCUCCCACUUUCUUUUCUUCCUCCAGCCAAAAUGCUCCCAUUAUGGCUGUUCCUCCUCAUCCCCUAUGUCUAUUCCAGUACUCUUCUCCCUGAGGAGCGCUGCGUGACGGCCGUCUACACAGCCUACAACUACAUUUCCUUCACCGGUCUUCCCGCCGAGGGGUUCUGGGAGACGCGAUGUCAGAAUCCCCUCAAGGUGACUUCCAUCUAUGCCGCGUCGCAGGUGUACUGUUCUCCGCUGGAACAAUUCCACGGCUUGAAUCAGUUGGAGUCGUUUUGUCGGGAAUUCGGUCAUGUGGGAUUGUUGCCUCGCGAGCAGCUGACCGACAAUCUGACCGAUGAUGCCGUCGAUCGUAUGAUGGUGGUGGAGUAUCGCCAGCUGCCGAAGAAGGAGGCUGUUGAUGUUCCGGUUUUGAUUUCGAAGGAUUAUUAUGAUGUCACGUUUAAAACUAUAGAUAUUCUGGAUUAUGAGCGCUGGACGCAGGAAGCAUCGGGAUAUGCCAUCUACGCUUUCUGGACUGUCAUUCUGUCUGUUGCAACUCUGCAUCGAUUCUUUUAUCAUCAUCUUAACAUUCGACCACGCUCUUUUGUCCGUUCCAUCUAUCAUUGCAUUCAAACGCAUCUUCUCGUUCCUGCUCCUCUCUCACAUGGUCGAACUUUUCUCUGGUGCACUCUUCCCACGCGCAUCGAGGCUAUCAUCGUCAUACUCUACUAUAUCAUCAACACCAUCCUCUCCUGCAUUUCAUAUCCAGUCUUUCCAGGGAACCUCUAUUGGCCCGAACCAUCCGACCAAAUCCUGCGAUACGCCGCAGACCGCACCGGCAUUCUCUCCUUUGCCAAUCUCCCUCUAAUCUGGCUGUUCGCAGGACGAAACAACAUCUUCUGCUGGACGACUGGAUGGAGCUUCGCCACGUUUAAUAUCUUCCACCGCCAUGUUUCGCGGGUUGCGACUGUUCAGGCCAUUGUGCAUACGGUACUCUAUCUGGUGAUGUUUCUCAAGCGGGGAAAUGCGUGGCAUAAGAUGCAGAAACCGUAUCUUCUCUGGGGAACGCUGGCCAUGGUGGUGAUGAUCUUUGUGCUUGUCUUUUCGUUGGAUCGUAUCCGACGCAGGACGUAUGAGUUGUUUCUGUUUGUUCAUAUUUUCUUUUCUAUCAUCGCUCUUGUUGGAUGUUUCUACCACACCAUCAUCUUCGAAGCCCACGACUACUGGAUCUAUCUCUGGCCAACCAUCGCCAUAUGGGUUGUGGAUAGACUCCUCCGCCUCAUCCGCAUUGUCUACUGCAAUCUCCACGUCAGAAACACCCGCUCUAUCCACCACACCACCAGCAUCGCCACAUACAACCACGCAGCCGAUGUCAUCCGCCUUGAAAUAUCCCCAGCUUCAUCUCUUCAACCAUCCCCGGGGCAGUAUUACUUCCUCUACCAGCCCUUCCGUCUAACAGGCUGGGAAAGCCACCCCUUCACCCUCGGCGCCUGGUCCUACGACUCGAGUUCAUCACUCGAACUAGCCCAGAAAACAGUCGACAUAUCCCAUCUCCCUCUCCUGUCUGAAUCUUCAGACUCUACACCUGCAUCACCAGUCGAGCUCAAACUCAUCUUCUGGAUCCGCCCCUUUGACGGCUGGACCCGCCACCUCCGCCAACAAUGCAUACACUCACCCACUCACUCAACCCAAUCUACCGUCCUCCUCGAAGGGCCGUACGGCGAGCACUUUCCCAUCCACAAAUACGAAUCCAUCCUUCUCAUCGCCGGGGGAACGGGUAUCGCCGCCGCAGUCCCUUACAUACAGGAUCACAUUCUGCGGUCGGCAAUCGACGAUUCAGUCAUCCGUGAUAUACACCUCAUCUGGACCAGCAGACAAGCAGCGUUCAUAAACGAGGUUGCGUCACGAGAGCUGAAGCAGGCGUUGACGCGGUCGGACGUGAGGGCUUCUUUUUACGCCACCAAGCCUAGUGCUGGAGAUACAGAUACAGAGAUGGAAAUUAAGCACGGCCGACCGAACCUGCACUCGGUUAUCCUCGAGCAUGCCCGUUCUGCGCGGUUGAGUGAGUGUUCAGCUGCGGUGAUGGUGUGUGGUCCAAUGGCGAUGGUGGAUGAGGCCAGGGAGGCUGUGCAUGAGGCGUUGAGAGGGGGGUAUUCUGUUUCGUAUAUUGAGGAGUCGAUUGUUUGGUGA